AUGGAGAACACACCUAUAUUACAUUCACCAGAGAUUGGAUAUCUGGAAAAGAAUAUAACAUUCAGUUCACAAGACUUUGUAAAGUUAGAAGCAAUUCUAUCAGUACCUCCACAGCCAGUUGGUAUAAUCCUAUUUGCAUUUGGAAGUGGAUCAAGUCGAUACAGUCCUAAAAGUAUGGCAUACUCUAGGAUAUUUAAUAGUCAUGGAUUGGCAACAAUGAUGUUUGCACUACUUACACCUCAAGAGGAGAGGUUGGACAACAUAAUGGGAGGAGUACAUAAUACCAACUUCCUCUCCAAUCGUAUAAUGUCUGCAACCAAAUGGUUAAUGGAUAAUCCAUCUUUAAAUUACUUACCAAUGGGAUACUUUGGAUCAACAACAAACAACUCUUGUGGAUGUGGUGCUAUACUAUCACCUGCCACUCCAACAACGACCACUUCGACAUCAACUACUACACAUGGUCAUCAUCAACAUUAUCAACAUAGUCAUCAUCAAUCUUACAAUGUUAUAACAAAGAAUGGUAUACAACUUAUUGAUAAUAUUGGAAUGGAUUCAAGAGGUCCUAUAUCAUUGAUCGUGGAUAGUAGUGGAAGUAGUGUAGGAGAUAAUAGCUUUGCUGGAGUAUGUCCUUCCCAACGUGACCGUGGUGGUCUAACUUGCUCAUCUGCUCAGUUGGCCAGUGACUCGACAGGCUCCAUCGAACAGGUGGCUCAACUAUGUAAUCAAUACUUUAUCGAUAUUAGUGCUGCGACAGAGGCUGCGGCACGUGGAUUGGACAAAGACCAGCCUACCACUCAGCCCAUCACAAAGGACUUACCAGGAUAUGCAAGUGGCGACAUCAAGAGUACUGGAGUGGCCACUCAAUGA